GCACCAAGUAAGUCUAGAUUCUUCUCGAAUCGAAUGGCUCAUAAACAAGCCACAUUGGCAUCGUCGUAGCCGAAUGCUGCUUGCUCGCCCUGUCCGCCUGAAUCGUUGCGAUUUGGCGAACCCUAAAAGUAACACGUCCAGUUCCGUACACAUACGAUUGCUUUUUCAUCUAUCAAAUCGAAUUCUCAGGUGUUGGUAGCUGUUGAACUGCUAUGGCAGAUCAGCACUCUAAUGAAGGUUCAAGCUCUAAUGAAGGUUCAAGUACAGGCAGCUCAUCUGUGGAAUCUUCUGAUUCACUUGUAGAGCUCAGGAUCAAGACUUUGGAUUCACAGAUUUGUAGUUUUGUUGUUGACAAAAAUACACCAGUUUUAUUGUUCAAGGAGAUAAUAGCUAAGGAACUAGGUGUCCCAGUUGGUCAGCAACGGCUGAUUUUCAGGGGAAAGGUCUUAAAGGAUGAUCAUCGUCUUUCUGAAUAUCAUGUUGAGAAUGGGCAUACAUUCCACUUAGUUGAAAGGCAGCCAGCCCAAUCACAGCCUUCAUCUGAUACGAGUUCAGGAGAGACAAAUGGAAAUAACAGUAAUCGAGGAAAUGAUGUUGGUGCAGGCAUUCCUCGUAAUCGAGUUGGGCAGAUUUCACACAGUGUAGUUCUUGGGACCUUUAAUGUUGGAGAUCAAGGUGAAGGCAUUGUCCCAGACCUUACUCGGGUUAUUGGGGCAGUUUUAAAUUCUUUUGGAGUUGGAGGCCAGCCUGCUAAUAAUGGUACCACUACACAGUCUUCAACCUCUGCUCCUCAAGGAAAUGAAGCUGAUGGAGCGCUUGGUGGUGGCGAGAACCAAGCAGGAAAUCAAACACAGUCUGCACAAUCCUUUCCUGGUCAAUCAUUUCAAGUUGCUCCUCAAGUUAUGCCAAUUCCUUUGACAGCAGCCCAAAUACCUGUUCCUUCAUUUAAUUCGCCAAUUCCCGAUUCUUUAAAUACUCUCGCAGACUUUAUGAACCGCAUGGAGGCACAUUCUCCAAAUGGCUAUCAGCUGCACUCGUCUACGACUAACGGAAGAGACCAACAAAGGGUAGCAUUGCCGUCCGAUGCGCGAGGUUUGCCUACACCUGAAGCAUUGGGCAUUGUUUUGCGGCACGCAGAACAGCUUCUCAGCAGUCAUGCUAUUGCUGCAUUGUCUCAUAUUGCAGGACGUUUAGAGCAAGAGAGGGAUUCUUCUAAUCCUACAGUGAGGGGGCAAAUUCAAACAGAAUCAAUGCAAGUAGGUCUUGUAAUGCAGCAUUUAGGUUCGCUUCUUUUAGAGCUUGGUCGAACCAUAUUGACGCUGCGGAUGGGGCAUUCUCCUGUCGAAUCUUCAGUCAAUGCUGGACCUGCAGUUUAUAUAUCUCCUUCAGGGCCGAAUCCUAUAAUGGUUCAGCCUUUCCCCCCUCAAACCAGCUCCCUCUUUAGCGGUUCCCAUUCUCCAUCAAAUCCUCCAACUGUAGGUCCUGUUGGUAUUGGAAAUGCUCCAAGGCACAUAAAUAUCCAUAUACAUGCUGGCACCGCACUGGCACCUGUGGUUUCAGCAGUUGGUAACAGAACAAGCAAUGGUGAAGGGGUGCAAGGAGAACGUGGUAAUAGUGCUGGUUCUGGUUCAAUCCGGGUUCUUCCUGUGCGAAAUGUUAUUGCUGCUGCUGUCCCAGCACGUGCUACUGGUGCAGCGUCCAGUGCACAAUCCACUCCCACUGAGUCAUCGCUAUCCUCUGUUAUUGCUGAAGUCAAUUCAAGAAUUAUAAACUUUGUCAAUAACAUGCAGGGAGAGAACCAGGUUGCAUCAGGUAAUGAUGUGGAUACUCAACUGGCAAAUAAUAUGGCUGCUAGUGGAGCUGGGGAUUCUAGUGUUGCAUUACAGGCAGACCUUCUUGAAACUGAAGAACAGAAGUCACAACCUCAACACGCUGAAGGAAGUAACAAUAUCAUGGUGAGUGGUGAGAGCUCAAAGGAUGUAUCAACUGGCACAGUUGGAUGCCCUCCAAGUUCAAGUGGAGAACCCUCGGUUAAGUCAAAAGACCCUUCAGGAACUGUUCUGAGAUCCAGCGUGGAAAAUGCCAAACCUGUUCCACUUGGAUUGGGGUUGGGGGGUUUGGAAUGUAAGAGGCGAGUUAAACAGACAAAAUCGGCUCUCACUACUGGUGAUAGUGGAACAACUAGCUCUUCUCUUGAUCAGAACUUGAGUUCUAGAAUGACUGGCCAACAGAUUUUGCAGUCACUUGCAUCUCGGAGCUCUUCAAUGCAUAGGGUGGAACAUGAUGCUUCCUCAAGUAAUCCAGGUGUUCAGAGUAAUAAAUUGUCAGGAAUACAAAGUUCUGAUGAUCAAUUGGAUGCUGCUAAUGCUGUCUCUCAAGCUCUUCAAAGCCCUGUGUUAAAUGGCUUAUUGUCCAGGGUUUCAGAGCAGACUGGUGUUGGUUCACCUGAUGUUUUUAGGAAUAUGUUGCAGCAACUCACUCAAAACCCACAAAUCAUGAGUACUGUCAGUCAACUAGCUCAGCAGGUUGAUAGCCAGGAUAUUGGAAACAUGUUUUCAGGAUUGGGAGGAAGCGAAGGUGGUGGAAUUGAUCUCUCACAGAUGGUCCAACAAAUGAUGCCUAUUGUUUCUCAGGCUCUUAGUUGUGGGGCAUCUGCACCUCCGCCAUUCUCUGCUGUAGAACCUAAAUCUCAGGUCCAGCAUAAUGGGAGGAAGUCAAGUGCAGCUGAUAAACCUUGUGAUCGAGAUUUUCAGGAUAAUAUUCAACAAACGGCUGAGAGGAUUGAGCAAUCUAAUUUGCCCGGGGAUGUCUUCCAUGCUGUUGCAGAAAAUGCAGUUCAGGUAUAUGGCAAUGGGAGGAAUGCUGAAGAACUUCUGAAUGAGUUGUGUGGUAACGAGGGUCUUGCCAAGGAAUAUACAGAGAUGCUACAGAGGGACGUACGUCAAAGAUUUCAGGAUAAAUCUGAGAAGGAUAAGAGCUAGCAGUUGACUCUGAAAAUGAAAGUUACAGUAAUUCGAAGUUCUGAAAGAUUCUUAAACCCUGCCUGAGAUUUGUUCCUUGUCAAAAGCAGCCAAACUGUUAAUCUGGCAAGAGGAUGAUGUCCUUUGUUUCAAGCUGAGAUGUUUUUAAUCUGUAAAAUCACUUGUUAGAUUUAACUGUUAGAAGUCAACUCGCUCAAUUAGUCAUUGCUCUUGCUGUGCAUUCAAAAAUUAUAGUUAUGGAGGAUACCGUCUAAAAACUUACUAGGUCCAUAAUUGUGAAAUGGAGCAUUAAAUCUUGAUGGCAACCUGUCUUGUGCAACAUCAUCUCAACUCUCAAACAAGUUGGGACCUCCAUGCAUAAACAGCUAUUUGCCAUAAGGUUUUCCGUUCUUUAAAGCUGGAACGACUGGAUGAUGAGUGAUUGAAUAAUUUGAGUUGCUACCUAGCUACUAUGAGUCAGCGUCUCUUGUUUUCAUUUUCAUGGGGAAGAAUUAGUACUUCUAUAUGCUUUCAUAGUUGCCAUCCCUAUCAAGAAUUUGAGUCGGGACUUUGUGGAUGGUGUUUCGGUUGUUCAAUAUAAUGAAGAAAUUCAAUGUUUCUAUCUGUAUAAUGUUGAUUGA